UUCCCAAGAAGUGCUGGUCAAUGAGACGACUGAUAUGAUGGAACUUUUAAAGAACAUCGUGACUUUACGUAUGAAGAUUUGCGAAAGAAAUGGAAAACGCCGAAACGUUUGCCCAGCAGGGCCACAGGGACCACCGGGGAGAGCUGGACCCAAGGGUGACAAGGGCAACCGAGGAAGAGUGGGCAAAAGGGGAUUACAAGGAAUGAUGGGGCAGCCUGGUAGAGUUGGUAAGCACGGACCACCAGGAAUACGAGGAGAAAAAGGCAUCAAAGGAGACAUCGGGACGCCGGGUAUCCCAGGGAAUAAAGGCGAACCAGGAGAAUAUAUUUCCGCCCCUAAAGUGAUAAUUUCUUCUUCACAAAUAACAGUCAAUGAAUUCGACACUGUCUCGCUUACCUGUUCCGCCACCGGAAAUCCCAAACCUCAGCUAUCUUGGUCAAAGACGACGGGAUCGUUACCUAGCAACAGGAUCAAGACAACCGCUGAUGGAGUGAUGCAGAUACAUGAUGUGCGCGCAGAAGACACCGGCACAUACAAGUGUGUAGGAAACAAUGUUCUUGGAAAUGAUGAAAAGACCACCCAAGUGGUGGUUCAAACCUCGCCGAAAAUUUCCCUCAAGCCGGGCCCUUCCUAUGUGGCAGUUGGUAACACAAUCAUGCUUCCGAAGUGUGCUGUUGCCAGUUUUCCAGCUGCAAAGAUUGUUUGGACAAAGAUAUCAGUCCCUGACUUACAUCCACGUAUGAGAGACAUCAGUGACGGACAACUGUCGAUCGUUAACGUUCAUAAGGAAGAUUCGGUAUUUUAUCAGUGCAGGGCUACUAACAAAAUUGGAGUCGCUGUGGCCAUAACGCAUCUUGUCGUAGUUGACGAUCCAGUAAUCACUGUCAGACCACCUCCACAGCUUUCUGUAAAUCAUGGUCAAACUGUUAGCUUACGCUGUGAAGCUAGGGGUGAACCAAAACACAAAGUAUCCUGGCUGAAGGAAAACGGUGCAUUACCACUUGGAAGAUCGAAUGUUAGCAUCAAUGGAACACUUAAACUUUGGAUGAAAUCUCAGGAUGCUGGUAAAUAUAUUUGUGUGGCGUCUUCAGCUGGUAUAUUUACAACUUCCACUUCCGUACAGCUUUCAGUCCUGGCUUGUAGACCGGUGGGAGUGGCUGACAUAAAUAAGGUACCUGACGCUAGGAUGUCAUCAAGCUCACACUAUGAUAAGUACUUUGCCUUUUAUGGACGUCUGAAUGGAUCAAGAGGCCGCGGAGGAUGGUGUGCUAGGACCAAAAAUGACAGAGGAGACCACCUUCAAAUCGACAUGGGAGAGGUCCACUCCGUAUGUGCUGUGGCAACGCAAGGGAAACUCACCGGAUCAUAUGUCACAAGCUACAAACUGUAUUUCUCCAUUGAUGGGGUAAACUGGAUGGUGUACACAGAGUUGAAUAAAAUGAAGAUAUUUGGAGCAAACACGGAUAGAACCAGCGUUGUCCAACAUUUGAUUCGCAGCCCAACUCGAACAAGAUUUUUUCGGUUUUAUCCUGUCACGCACUGGGUUUAUCCUUGUAUGAGAGUUGAAAUAUAUGUGCAACGAUUAGAAAAGGGAACUGAGUAACCACAGAUGUAUAUAUCGAAUUAUGGUUAUGAGAGAUGGCGAUGUUUCACCAGGACUGAAACAGGGCGUUGGUUCAUUAAUAAUCCCUAUAGAACUCGCUUGAAAUACAAAACAUAUUGCUUUUA